AUGAAUAGCCACUUUAACGGAACCGAUGACGCAAAUAUUUUGAUUUUGAUACUCCGCCUCCGCAACCUCGACAGUAGCCUGCACGACUUCUACGAGCUGACGAGUUGUGGGACGACGGGAGCGGAGAAGCCGAGGACGAGUAUAUGCGCGAGCUAUCGGGCUAGGCAGGAUAAAGUGUCAAGUGAGACGUUAACGAAGCAUUUUGACAAUAGUGGGAGGCAGAAAUGGAUCGCUCCGGAGGAAGGGCAAUACAGAUUAGAAGUAUGUGCCGGAAGUGGUGGUCAAAUCUACAACAAAACUUUCGCCAACGGUGGAGCCUGUGUAUAUGCUGUAAUUGAUGUACCAGCUUUCUACGCCCUUCUCAUCCUGAUCGGCCAGCAAGGUGUCGGCCAGUCAGUCUCGGAAAAUCCUUUCUAUUCUGAAACUACGUCCCUGCUAGAAGACAUUCUCUCAAAGACCGCCUCCCCUCCAGUGGGUACUGGUGGUGGUGGGGCUACCGUAGUCUACACAGCAGAUACGGAGCGGAUGUUGAUCGUGGCUGGAGGAGGUGGAGGGUUGUUUGAGCCGGAUUUCGAUGAACUUGAAGAUCAAAGGGCAAUGGGUGGCCUCCAAUAUUCUGUAAAUGCCGAGCAACCGGUUGUAUCCCGAGCGCGACGGGCCUCAAGCUAUAGGGGCGAAAAUUAUGGAAAUUUUUCGAGUCACGUGGCCGGGUAUGGAAUUGGAUUUGGGGAGAUCGAAGCGCCGAAAUUCGGGCGGUCGCGAUAUAUGAACGGGAAUGCAAAGACGUUUCAGGGCGGGAAAUGUCCAAGAAAAACCAACUCAACCUCACGACAUCUUGGCGGGUUUGGAGGUGGAGGUGCAGCUUGUUGGCCGGGAGGAGCUGGUGGAGGAGCUGGAUACUACGCUGGUGAGCCCGGGUGGAAGCAGCCUGGCACGGGUGGUUCUUCAUGGGCGAAUCUGCGCCAUAAAUUGGUCGUCGAAGCCGAAAAUCAUCCGGGGGCUCAUUUUGGAGAUGGUCAUGUGAUGAUUCAAGUGUGUACCCCGAGGUGCCGAACAAAUGCCACUUGCAAAUUCAAGGACUUUGUAAAAGGCCAUGCUCAUUGUACGUGCCCUGAUGGAUCGAUCGUUGAGCCUGGACGACGCCAAAACCCCAGGGUCGAAGAAGUGGCAAACGAAGAAGAAUUAGAAACGGCGAGCUCGCUUCGCCGUGCUUCAAUUCCAGACUCCGGGCUCCCAGACGAACAAUCAGAUCCGGCCCUCGACACGGCGCACGCUAAAUUUUUGGCUCAAAUGCAGGGUGAACUGCCGAAAAUCGAGCGUCAAAGUAUUGUGAUGAAACAACGACUUGGAAAUGGAGCCUUUGGUGAAGUAUUCCAAGCCGAGCUCAAAGGCACAGCAAUGGAUCAAGAAGUUGCUGUCAAAACAUUACCCUUCAGCAGCAACAAACAAUCACAGGAUGAAUUCCUAAUGGAAGCGCAAAUCAUGAACAAGUUCCGGCAUUACAACAUUGUUUCCUUAAUUGGGAUCAAUUUUGAUACGAUGCCUCGUUAUAUUGUGCUCGAAUUGAUGUCCGGAGGGGAUUUGAAGUCUUUUUUGAGAUGUAGUAGAAGUACUAAAUUCCAAAAUAAUCCUCUACAAAUGCUGAUGAUGGAUUUGGUGCAGAUUUCACUCGACGUUGCAAAAGGAUGCGAAUUUUUAGAAAAUCAUCUUUUCGUUCAUCGAGAUCUCGCCGCUCGAAAUAUUCUUCUAACAACAAAAGCACGAGGUCGCGUGGCAAAGAUUGCAGAUUUUGGAAUGGCCCGCGAUAUUUAUAAAACGGAAUAUUAUCGGAAAGGUGGUCGUGCUAUGCUGCCUGUCAAAUGGAUGCCGCCGGAAGCACUUCUAGAUGGGUAUUUUACGACAAAAACAGAUGUUUGGUCGUAUGGGGUAUUACUUUGGGAAAUCUUUUCUCUGGGCUGUAUGCCGUAUCCGGGGAGGAAUAAUAUGGAAGUAAUGGAGCUGAUCAUUAAUGGAGGACGUCUUGAUGGCCCGGCCGGAGCACCAGAUCAGAUUUAUAUGAUAAUGUUGCACUGUUGGAAAACGUUGGAAACGGAUCGACCGUCAUUCCGGACGAUUUGUUGUUGGCUAAUCACAUUGUUGGAGGCUCCAUUUUUGGAAACAAUGCCGAUGCCGGACAGAUUGGCGUCAUGGGUGGCGCCUACACCUACGGCUGAGACCCCAAAAUCAAAUAUUACGGUGCUAACCGAUUUGUCGAUCUACACCCCCAGUGAACCAACGAAAGGACCAGGUGGUGUGUCGCUGAACAUAUGCUCGCCCUACUCCUCCCGACAAUUUGACGACCCUCCAAAACCACCGCCAAUGCUCGAAGAAGCUGUCGCGAUUGGCUUCAAGGUUCAUAAUUUCCGUGAAGAUUCUAACGCCCUACUUGAAAAUAUCGCUUAUGGACUCACGACAGAGGAAAAAACCUACAAAAACUCGAUCGUCAUCGCGACCAAUCCGACUACAAAGUUGAAGCCGGGUACGACAGAAUGUCCAGUGACAAACGCGCUGCGGAAGAAGCCUCCAAUGCCAGACCCAUCAAUAGCUCAUUUGACUGAUUAUCCAGAAGAUAGACCAGAAGAGAUACUCAAGCCACCCCAGCCCGAAGAAGAAACCCGACAACCAAUUCGGGUCCCACCACGAAAGAAUCCACCAAAGAAAAAAUUGAGCCCUACCCAGACUCCGUUAUUGAACGAGGAAGAUGGUUUCGAAGAAGCUGCUCAAUCACCCUAUGAACGCAUUCUACAAGCUGAGCUUCAAGCUCCAAGAAAACGGCCUACAAGUCUAAAUAUCAGCGAAACGGUCGGAACCCCGUGUAUAUCAUUAAUAUCAGAACCGGAUCAAUCACAGGAAGAAGCUAAAAAAACCUCGCCGGCUAUCCAAAACGCCGAGAAUUCACUUCCGGUGCUAGCUAAAAAAGGAGCUGAUGCUCAACCUACAAUUCCUAGCAAUAUAAAUUCAGCUGAACCGCAAAACCCAUGCGAGCUUAACACGCAAACUCCAUCCACUUCAACGCCCAAAGCCACUCCAGCUCAACCUACUCCACUAGCAGAUUGGCUAGCGAGUCAGGAUUUACCUCAAGAGCAACGGGUCAUCAAAGCCCCGCCAAGAAAGUUUCCGCCCAAAAAGAUCCUCAAAACGCCGAGCAUUGACCCUGAUGACCUCGAGCCAUAUUUCGAUGAAAAUUACGAUGGACCAAUCCGAGUACGGCUUCAUUUUCCAGCCAUACCCAAGCCACCAGCCUCUUGCCCCAACCCAGAUCAACCGACCAAAUUUUGUGAAGCUAAGGUGGCUGCUCGAGGAGUCACUGAGCCUCCAGCUCGGCCUCCGAAACCAGGGGCUAUGAAGUCGGCUUGCUUGGCUUAUAUUGUGGACCAUGUUGAAGAUGAGGGAGUAGCUGAACAACGAGAGGAAGGUGGUGGUGAGCCAAUUCCGGAAGAUCCCUCAAGAUCUGAAGGCGAAACUACAGUGGAUUACGGAGCUCUGAUCAUCAAGGGAUCAGCCGGGGUGGUGAUCGCAAUUUCUCUAUCAUUAAUUCUGCUCGUCGUUGGAAACAUGAUCUACACCAGUCUGACACCGGAACUUCCAGCCUCCAAUUUUCCACCCAAUCGUAUACAGAAUCGCCUCGUCAAUUCAGAGGCCAGCCAAACACAAGCCACGGCAUCACGGGAUAGCACCCGUAUUAUGCGAUUUCCGAAACCGCUAUGUCGAUGCUUCUCAUCUACAGCUAGCGAUGAUGGCGCAUCAGAAUAUGAACAGGAACUUGUCGAAUAUGAGCUGCCAAAUCGAUCAAACGUCUCCCCGGAUGCUGGUCGGCCAUUUAUUCAGGAGCCUCGUGCACAAUACCCCAUGGCACAUCGAAUCAUCGAAUACGCAAACUUUUUUGUGAAAGACAUUGUAAAAGUGGUGAACGCGCCGUAUUAUUGGGGGAAUAUGGACCGCUUCCAGGCUGAAGCUUUACUGGAAGGAAAGCCGGAAGGGACUUUCUUGUUGCGAGACAGCGCCCAAACCGCGUAUCUGUACAGUGUUUCGUUUAGAAGAUAUCAAAGAACUUUACAUGCUAGAAUUGAACAGGAAAACCAUCGUUUUGGCUUUGAUAUUCAUGAUACUGGCGUUUUCUCCUCAAAUACGAUCACUGGCCUUAUAGAAAAUUAUGGCGAUCCGGCAAGAUGCCUAUUUUUCGAGCCUCUACUAACUCGGCCGCUCAAACGCGACUUUAUGGUAUCACUUCAAGAAUUAGCACGAGCGUCGAUUGCUGGAAAAUAUUCAUAUGACGAGGUAGCUACCCUCAUGCUCCCGACUAAAUUGAAAAACUACGUCCGUGCUAUACACUACAUGCAUCCGAUUCGAACGACGUUGCACGAA